AUGCUCGAGCUCAUUCGAGAGCGGUGCAUCGAGAGGGACAUCCCCAUCAACUUCCCACCGCCAUGGUAUCCGAUGACUUUUGCCCUCCCCGAUGACUUGGAGCAGUGGAAGCGGCACGCGGAGGCAAACCCGCACAAGAAGUGGAUCUACAAGCCCAGCUGCGAGGCAAUGGGCAGAGGCAUCAUCUUGGUCAGCAAGAUUUCGGACGUAGACUCGAAGGAGAAGCCAUUCCGCACCAGAUGCAAAAAUGUCGAGGUCUUUGAUCCGAAUGAGCCGCCACUCAAAGAGCGAAACUUCGCAAACAUCGGCAUCAUCCAGGAGUACAUGGUGAACCCCAUGCUGCUGGAGAACCGGAAGUUCGCCAUCCGAGUCUACAUGCUGGUGGCCCGAACUAAGCCGCUUUUGACGUUCCACUACAAUUUCGGCUACGUCAAGCGCUGCGGCGAAUUUUACGACGAGAACAAGUUCAACCGCGAAGAUCUGUUCCGUCAUGUCACCGAGCAGGAGUUCCAGAAGAAACAAGAUGAUUUUGGCGAGUCUGCCGCCGCACAGCUGAUGUCGAUUGAGGACCUGGAUAGAUACCUGCAGGAAAACUACGGUAUUCCUGCCUUCAGGCUCAACUUCUGGCAGCAAGUGAAAGCCAUCUGCAUGGAGGUCAACCUGGGCAUGAAGGAGGGCAUCGCUGAAAAAGCAAAGGUUGGGCAAUUCGAAAUCUUCGGUCUCGACAUCAUUGUAGAUGCUGACCAGCGCCUGUACCUCCUCGAGGCGAACAGAGAUCCUUCGUGGGUGAUAGACGCCCAGGUGAAGAAGGCUAUCAUUCCCGACAUGAUCCGCGAGAUGAUGGAGCUUGUCCUUUGGGCACACAGCGAGGAGGGCAAGAAUAAGGAGGCUAUGCUCCACUCUCCAAUGCGGGGCUUUGAGGUGUUGAUCGAUGAGGCCUUCGACUUUCAAGCUGUUGAUGUCGAGUGA